AUGGCGGAGUCGGUAGAGCUGCCCGGUCGGCUUGCGAUUCUUCCUUUUCGGAACAAAGUCUUGCUACCUGGUGCGAUCAUUCGUAUCAGAUGCACUUCACCCAGCAGUGUGAAGCUGGUGGAACAGGAGUUAUGGCAGAGGGAGGAGAAAGGGCUCAUCGGAAUUCUGCCAGUCCGUGAUGCUGCCGUGGAGCCGGGCCCCGCGUCUUCUCCAGGAGAACGAAGCUCGAAAACCCAAGACGAGGCAUCGGGGUCCCACAAAAAUGUCGGUAAGAAUCAACAGGAGGUUAUCCAUUGGCACAAUAGAGGAGUUGCAGCUCGGGCGCUACACCUGUCGAGAGGAGUGGAGAAACCAAGUGGGAGGGUCACCUACAUCGUUGUUCUUGAAGGUCUGUGCAGAUUUAGUGUGCAGGAGUUAAGCACGAGAGGAACAUAUUACACCGCUCGGAUCACUCCCCUUGACAUGACAAAAGCUGAGAUGGAUCAAGUGGAGCAAGAUCCUGAUUUCAUAGCAUUGUCCAGACAAUUCAAGGCCACAGCUAUGGAGCUUAUUUCUGUCCUUGAGCAGAAACAAAAAACUGGAGGGAGGACUAAAGUUCUCCUGGAGACGGUUCCUGUUCACAAAUUGGCUGAUAUAUUUGUUGCAAGCUUUGAGAUUAGCUUUGAAGAGCAGCUAUCCAUGUUAGACUCUGUUGAUGUGAAAUUGAGGCUUUCAAAGGCAACUGAAUUGGUUGAUCGGCAUUUACAGUCAAUUCGUGUAGCGGAGAAGAUCACACAAAAGGUUGAGGGACAAUUGUCAAAGUCACAAAAAGAGUUUCUACUUCGUCAGCAGAUGAGGGCAAUAAAGGAAGAACUCGGUGAUAAUGACGACGAGGAGGAUGAUGUGGCUGCUCUAGAGAGGAAGAUGCAAGAUGCUGGAAUGCCAGCGAAUAUCUGGAAACAUGCUCAGAGAGAAUUAAGGAGACUGAAAAAAAUGCAGCCUCAGCAACCUGGAUAUAAUAGCUCUCGUGUAUAUCUGGAACUUCUUGCUGACCUGCCAUGGCAGAAAGCCAGUGAAGAACGAGAAUUGGACUUGAAGGCUGCAAAAGAGCGUCUUGACAUUGACCACUAUGGUCUAGUGAAGGUCAAGCAGCGGAUAAUUGAAUAUUUAGCCGUUCGCAAGCUCAAACCAGAUGCAAGAGGCCCAGUAUUGUGUUUUGUUGGUCCACCGGGUGUUGGAAAGACAUCUUUAGCUUCAUCAAUCGCUGCGGCUUUGGGUAGAAAAUUUAUCCGCAUAUCCCUUGGUGGUGUAAAAGAUGAGGCUGAUAUUAGAGGGCAUAGACGUACAUAUAUUGGGAGCAUGCCUGGGCGUCUUAUUGAUGGAUUGAAGAGAGUUGGUAUCUGCAAUCCGGUUAUGCUGUUGGAUGAGAUUGACAAAACAGGUUCUGAUGUUCGAGGUGAUCCAGCUUCUGCACUGCUGGAAGUCCUUGAUCCCGAACAGAACAAAACAUUUAAUGAUCACUAUUUGAAUGUGCCAUUCGAUCUUUCAAAGGUUAUCUUUGUGGCUACUGCUAAUAGAGUACAACCUAUUCCUCCGCCACUUUUAGACCGGAUGGAAGUCAUUGAGCUGCCAGGAUAUACACAUGAAGAGAAACUCAGAAUAGCGAUGCAGCAUUUAAUUCCACGAGUUCUUGAUCAGCAUGGCUUGAGCCUUGAAUUUCUUCAGAUUCCCGAGGCUAUGGUAGAACUUGUAAUUCAAAGAUAUACUAGAGAAGCUGGUGUGCGUAAUCUGGAGAGGAACUUGGCUGCCUUAGCUCGUGCUGCUGCUGUCAAAGUCGCUGAACAAGAUAACAUUGUGCCACUUAGUAAAGAUGUCCAACAACUGGCCUCACCAUUGUUGGAUGGUAGACUAUCUGAGGAGUCUGAAGUGGAGAUGGAAGUGAUGUCAAUCGGUGUUAACAAUCAUGACAUAUCAAAUGCUUUUAGGGCCGUUUCACCUUUCAUUGUGGACGAGGCCAUGUUGGAGAAGGUGCUUGGACCUCCAAGAUAUGACGAUAGAGAAACUGCUGACAGAGUUGCUACGCCUGGUGUAUCUGUCGGAUUAGUAUGGACAGCAUUUGGAGGGGAGGUUCAAUUUGUUGAGGCUACUGCAAUGGUUGGAAAAGGUGAUUUGCAUCUAACUGGCCAACUUGGGGAUGUUAUAAAGGAAUCAGCACAGAUUGCAUUGACAUGGGUAAGAGCGCGAGCAACAGAACUUAAGUUGGCCGCCACUCAAGAGAGCAAUCUACUUGAAGGCCGAGAUAUUCAUAUACACUUUCCUGCUGGGGCUGUACCAAAGGAUGGCCCAUCAGCUGGUGUAACUCUUGUUACCUCACUGGUUUCACUUUUUAGUCAGAGAAGAGUUAGAGCAGAUACUGCAAUGACUGGGGAGAUGACUUUGCGCGGUCUAGUCUUACCUGUAGGUGGAAUCAAGGACAAGGUUUUAGCAGCUCAUCGAUAUGGAGUUAAGAGGGUCAUUCUCCCAGAGAGAAACUUAAAGGACUUAGUGGAGGUGCCAGCCGUCGUUCUCUCAAGUCUCGAGAUAUUAUUUGCUAAGCGGAUGGAAGAUGUCUUGGAGCAAGCAUUCGAGGGUGGUUGUCCUUGGCGAGUGCAUUCCAAAUUAUGA